UGUCGGAGCUGAGCUUCAGCCAUCGGGAUCCAUCAUGGAGGAGAAACAGAGGCUGUAGCGGAGUAACAAGAAGCUGCAGUCCGCCGUAUCCACCUCUGCUUCGCCUUUUAUCACGUAAAAACGGCCAGCACCCACCCGAACCUGCACCCAACAGCCCACCUGGUCGGCACCUAAGAGCUCACAAGAUGAAGCACUUUCUCAGGGUGGUGACCCAGUUUUUCGUCUUUCUCUACUGCAAAUGUCUGUGGCGGGGUCUCAAGUUUGUGGUCAGGAAGUUUACGGGGCGCUGCGAACUGCAGCGAAUCUGCUACAACAACAAACAUGGAGCUCGCAGGACCCUCAAGAUCGAGUCGUCCCUGCGGUACUCCAAGAAUGAGCUGCUGCAGUCGGCCCUCAGCGUCCACCCUGACAAAGUAGAGAAGACCAUCGACAACAUCAUGGCCUUGAAGAAGAUCAACCUGGACACCAACCCACAGUUGGGCAUCUCCCUGCAGGCCAGCCUGCUGCAGAUUGUGGGCUACAGGAGUCUGGUGGCGGAGGUGGAGAAGUUACGAAGGGAACCGUACGACUGUGAAAACACUGAACACGAGGAGAUGCUGAUGAAGCUCUGGAAGGAGCUGCGUCCCGACACGCCCCUCACGGGCCGCAUCUCUAAACAGUGGUGUGAAAUCGGUUUCCAAGGCAGCGACCCCAAGACGGACUUCCGAGGCAUGGGCCUGCUGGGCCUGCACAACCUGCUGUAUUUUGCAGAACAUGACAAGGCCACAGCUCUGCAGAUGCUGCAGGACUCCCUGCAACCAAAGCACAAGAACACACACAGAAAACCAAGCGAGGUAAACAAGCCUGAAUGGGAACAGAAGAACCUCGACAAAGCUAUCGGUUAUUCCUUUGCCAUUGUGGGCAUCAACAUCACAGACCUGGCGUACUCUCUGCUGGUGAGCGGCGCUCUGAAGACCCACCUCUACAACGUAGCUCCGGAGAUGCCCAGCCUCCUGAACUUUCAGCAGACCUUCUGUUACCUGAUGCAAGAGUUCCAACGCUUCUGGAUCGAGGAGGAUCCCUGUGACAUCAUGGAGUUCAACCGGGUACGCUCCAAGUUCCACCGGAGGAUCCUGCGACAGUUGAAGAACCCGGACAUGGCUCUGUGUCCCCACUUCUCUGCCUCCGACCUCCACCUGGUCAACCUCUAAAUCCACCGCCGCCGCCGCCGCCACCC